GAUAAUAAUUAGUAUAAAAUCGAGCACAUGCGCUCAGCUUUCCACUACACACAGAUUCAUCUACUGAUCAGCAACCCACAGCAGCAAGAAAAUGAGGUACUUGGCCGCAUUAGCUCUCCUCGUUGUCGGCGCCAGCGCUCAAAUCGUCAGUCCAGGCCCCUGCCCGCCUGUGACCGUCCAACAGAACUUUGAUAUUCCCAACUAUAUAAACAGAUGGUACGAACAGAAGAAGUACUUCACCUUCUUUGAGCAGAAUGGAGUGUGCGUUUCUGCUACCUAUGGCCUCAAUCCUAACGGAACCGUUGAAGUCAGGAAUUACCUUAUUAAUGCAGACACCAAUCAAACUGAAAUUAUUGUUGGAAACGCCGUUGUCGACAGCGAUACUGGAGAGGCAAAGCUGCUUGUGAAUUUCCCCAGUGCAGGAACUUUCGCAGCGCCGUACUGGGUUCUGGAAACUGACUACACGAGAUACUCCAUUGUCUGGUCUUGCGCUGAGAUUGUCGGCGAAAAUGUCCAGUUCGCCUGGGUUCUUACUCGUGAAAGAUUCCCUGAUAAUGCGACACUGACCGAGGUAGAACGUGUGAUUGCUGCCAAUCAGCUUGCGGAUAAAUUUUUGAUUACUUCGCAAGACAACUGUCCAGAGGAUCCUCUCGACAUGUGAUAUUUUUCUCAAAACUUUUUAUUUUAAGAUUUACUAAAUAAAGCUUUUGCAAUAUACA